AUAAAAAAAAGAGGAAAUAAAGAAUAGGAAAGAAUAAGAAGAUAAAGAAGAGGACACGACAUCUCCCAGUUACUUACAGUCCUCGCCGUCGCCUUUGACACCGUCCCAAUGCACGAUAUUAUCAAGAUGUGCAGCUUCGAGGGCACCAAGUCGACCAAGGGCGCCUCCAAGAUGCGGCGCGACCUUCUCAACUCGGAGAUCAGUCAGCUGCGCGACCUCCUGCCGCUGCCGGCGUCCACGCGCCAGAGGCUGUCGCAGCUGCAGCUCAUGGCCCUCGUCUGCGUCUACGUCAGGAAGAGCAACUACUUCCAGCAAGAUUUCUCGCUCUUCUCUCCCUCAGCCAUGAAGCACACGCCCGCAAGCCGAGCGGAGGCGCCCAAUCUGGAGUUCCUGAAGGCUCUCAGCGGCUUCCUCAUGAUGCUGACUCAGGGAGGGAAGCUGCUCUACAUCUCCGACAACGCCGCUGAGUAUCUCGGACACUCCAUGGAGGACCUCCUGAUCCACGGCGACAGCGUCUACGACAUCAUAGACAAGCAGGACCACGCGGCGGUGCAGGCGGAGCUCGUCAGGGGGGCGCAGACCGCUGCCGCCGCCCACGAGGAGGACCGCCUCUUCCUCUGCAGGAUGAACGUGUCCAGGAACGCCCGCAGGCAGAUGAGGUUCGGGGACCAGAAGGUGGUGCUGGUCGCGGGCCACUACCUGUCGUACCUGCCGCUGUGCUCGAGGAACGAGCCCGUGUUCCUGGCCCACUGCACGCCCGUGGCCAUGCCCGAGACCCGCGAGAGCGUCGUCCAGGGCGCCACCAACGUCUUCACCUCCGUGCACACGCUCGACAUGAAGUUCAUCAACCUGGAUAAGAAGUGAG